CAAAGUACUUUUACAAACAUGAAGUGGCUUGAAACGAUCGUGGGGAUCCUACUCCUGGGCUGGCUACCAGCACAUGUCCUCGCCGAAUGCUGCCACAGCACCACGCUUGUAUUUACGAAGACCAGCUCGGAGGACAGUUGUAAAAGCCUUGGAGGGCACAUGCCAUGGUCUGGCUCUACGUCCGUCGGAGAAACCCUUUCAAAACAAAUGGGAAACAUUAUAAACAACGCAUGUGAGGCCAAGGUAUGUGGCAAUGGCCAACCUGUCGUAGGAACCUAUUGCGGCUACGGAUCCUGCAAUGCAUUCGGCUGUAACUGCGAUUUUGGUUGCAUUGCCGGCGACGCUGCUGCUAACUUCAAGUCCAUACUUGGCGAGAAAGUAGAAAAAGUUCGUCCUAAGACUAUUUUCAACAACAUCGCAAGCGGCUAAUAGGGUUGUUUAUACGAGUAUGUAAACAAAAUUAAGAGUCAUAUGUACAUUUUGUUGACCCUAAUAAAAGUUGUCAAUACAAGGUAAA